ACCUUAGAAGUUGCAGGGACUGUGCCACUCAGUUUACAUUUGUGUUUAGGUUUGUUCACUUUGCUGGGAAAAAGCCUGAUUCUGUUUUUUUUUCUGUUUAACAGAAAAUAGUUUUAUUUUAGGAAGCAGCAACUAGGAGAUGCAACAUGACUUUCAUCUGGACUAUCAAUUUUUGUUGCGGCUUUGUUCUGCUUCUUUCCUGUCUACAGCAGGCCAACAGCUACACACCUGCGUAACAUGGGCAGCUUCAUCCGAGCCGUGCAGCAGGUGGAAGACUCCAACCCUGGUCUGUCCCCUUUAGCUCUGGUCAGGGCCCUGAGGAGGACCGCCGGCCAUGACGAUGUGAUGACCAUCCAUUUCUUGGGUGCAUCCUAUAAUCUCACCGACACUGACGUCCUAGAGACGGCCAUUCUCAACGCCUCAUCCUUCAGCUUUUUUGACAAGGCCACCCACCACAUUGUAACAGACCAUGGAGAGGAACGAGGGGUGGUUCUCGCUCCAGACGGCACCACAGUAGCCCUCGCGCCCUUACUGCUAGGGAUUGAGUCAGGACUAAAAGCAAAGAUGGAGGGGACGCCAGCUGUUGGACUCUUCCCUCUUACCUUAGGCAGGACGCUGGGUCUGUCCUUCCUCAGCCUCCAGGACUUCCCAUCAUCUCUUCGUCUGGGGCCUAAUGGGUGCUGGGACAGCGUGGAACAGCCUAAGAUGUUCAAGCUGUCUCGGCCUGCCACUCUGGCUACUGAUGCUGUUAUUAAUGGAGGCAUGGAUGGAGCAAUACUGGGCAUGCACCUAAGCAAACUAAAUGGAUCUGAACAGCCGCAAGCCCUCAGUGAGAUUUUGAAAGGAUACUAUAGUUUUACUUUGCAGGAGGGACAGGGUCUUGAUGCUGUGACCAGCCAUGUCAGCCCGAGGCGAAGGGAGAUCUCUAGAUCCAUUCUGGAGCCACUUAAUCUUCAUAGACAGGUGAUGGAGACGCUAACAUUGGUCUGGAAGUUGGAGAAGACAGAAUGGAUUGCAAUGGACACUGGAGUGGGGAAGGCAGUGAAGGAUGGCCUGCAGGCAUUUGUGCACAAGUACUGGGACUGCCCUCAAAUUAUCCCUCGCUGUCAGUGGGGGGCAAAAGCCUACCAGAGUACACCUAUCCCACUGUCUCUGCCUGUCGAAUUUCUUUAUAUUCACCACACCUAUGAACCAUCCUCGCCCUGUUUAUCAUUCUCAAAGUGCUCUCGCGACAUGAGGGCCAUGCAGCGUUUCCACCAGGAGGACCGCGGUUGGAGCGACAUAGGAUACAACUUUGUGGUUGGCUCUGAUGGUUAUGUCUAUGAAGGCAGAGGAUGGAGCCAACUUGGCAGACACACCAGGGGGCACAAUGCUAUCGGGUAUGGCGUGUCAAUCAUUGGUAACUAUACUGCCACCCUGCCAUCUCGCCAUGCCAUGAACCUGCUGCGCCAUCGUUUAAUCCAAUGUGCAGUCAAUGGAGGAGGACUGGCUGCCAACUUCACCAUCCAUGGUCACAGACAGGUGGUGAACUACACCUCCUGCCCAGGAGAUGCCUUCUUUUCAGAAAUAAAAAGCUGGGAACACUUCAGGGAAUGACAGCUCCCACUGCCACUUUGGGAUUCUUACAGUAACAUUCAUUAAUGGUUCACCAGGGUAUGAUAACUGUUUACUUAAUUUUUAAAAUAGUUUAACUGUAUGAAAUGGACCUUGAGUUAAUCCUUCAGACUGUGAAGUAGUUCAUUGUUUUAAUGUAAAUUCACUCUGUUCAGACCCACCUAUUUCAGUGCAGGAACCAAAUGGUCAUCCUCAUGUGGGGCACCAAUGGGUUAAUAAUGAGACUCAGGCAAUAGGAGACUCAGAACUGUACUGUAAAUCCAACCAUUAUCAGUUUUAUUAGUUGUAGGUGUGUUGCUAAUGCUAGUAUGAUGCUUGCAUCAAAAUGCAGUUCAUCUGUUAUGUCAACAUGAUAAUAGCUCUGACAGAGGCAGCAGGAAUAGAUUAAACCAGUAGUAUUGGCUAGCCAAACUAUUAACAUAAUAUUGUGUUUUUGUAUGAGCUCUCUCAUGGAAUAUGUCACAUGCUCCUGGGAGUCCUCUGGUGGCCACAUGGGCCCAAUGCAGGACUAAAUUAAUUUUAAUCCAAUAUACAUCAGAGGUGCAAUGAUCCUCAGGAUGGCAUGUAGGAUUAACCAUUUUAACCCAUCAGCUGUUUAAUAGGUGGUGGUUUUAGGAACCUUUCUGAUUCUCAAUCUUAGUUCACAAUCAUCUUAUUUCUCCUCCUAUGAUUUUACAGGAAACUGACUCCUCAAAAACAGAGCAAUAAAGAGACUGGCCAACUGUAAUAAAUGUGAUUGUUUCUAUUA